UAUUCUGAAAGUGAGUUUUUGCCCUAAUAAUUGAGUAUUCGACAAUAAUAUAGUUGAAAUACAUUAACUUAAGGAAUUUGUAAUAAUAAUUGGCUCGACCUCAGGUACAAUCUUAUGUAGACAGAAUCACUUAGAAUAACUGUGUAAAUUAUCGAAAUACUAUGCCUCUUUUUGGUAAGUCUCAGAAAAGCCCAGCGGAGCUCGUGAGAUCGUUGAAGGAUGCUGUUACAGCGUUAGAAAGAGGCGACAAAAAGGCCGAGAAAGCUCAGGAAGAUGUGAGCAAAAACUUGGUGUUGAUAAAGAACAUGCUGUAUGGGACAUCAGAUGCAGAGCCACAAACUGACAUCAUAGUAGCACAGUUGGCACAGGAACUUUAUAAUACAAAUUUGCUGCUUCUUCUGAUUCAGAAUCUGAACCGGAUUGACUUUGAGGGGAAGAAAGAUGUUGCACAAGUUUUCAAUAAUGUUCUGAGGCGUCAAAUAGGGACUCGUUCGCCUACCGUAGAGUACAUUUGCACUAAACCUGAGAUCCUGUUCACCUUGAUGUCUGGGUAUGAACACCAGGAAAUAGCAUCGAAUUGUGGUACUAUGCUCAGGGAGUGUGCCAGAUAUGAGGCUUUGGCUAAGAUAAUGUUGUAUUCAGACGAUUUUUACAAUUUCUUUCGUUAUGUAGAAGUUUCCACUUUUGAUAUUGCCUCAGAUGCCUUUUCUACUUUUAAGGAACUCCUAACCCGACACAAAAUGUUGUGUGCCGAAUUUCUAGAAGCUAAUUAUGAUAAAGUGUUCAGCCACUACCAACGACUGCUCAACUCGGAGAACUAUGUAACACGACGGCAGAGUCUCAAGCUGCUUGGAGAGUUACUUCUCGAUCGACACAACUUCUCUAUCAUGACCCGUUACAUCACCAACCCGGAUAACCUUAAACUCAUGAUGAAUAUGUUAAAAGAGAAGUCACGCAACAUACAGUUUGAGGCUUUCCACGUUUUUAAGGUAUUUGUAGCCAAUCCCAAUAAACCAAAACCCAUUCUGGACAUCUUAUUACGAAAUCAAGACAAGCUGGUGGACUUCCUCACCAAGUUUCACACCGACCGCUCCGAGGACGAGCAGUUCAACGACGAGAAGGCUUACCUUAUAAAACAGAUCAAAGAGCUCAAGCCAGUGGAACACUAACAGUUAUUGCAUUUCAUAUUCGCAACUUCCUCCGCGAACAGAAGUUAGUUAUAGAUGCUAUUAUAUUUAAUGCUUCUAAGUCACCCCAGGGUGCGCGCGGCGAGCUGCAGACGAGUUCAGCAUAAACAUUGGAAUUCUAAAUGGAUUUACAUUUGGUCUGUGAUGAGUCAGGGAAGAAAGUAUAUUUGUGCUACGAGCAAAUUAACAUUUUUAAUAAAGAUUUGUAGUAAUUAGUGUUACAUAUGGUUUGACUUAUAUAUUUCGUAAGUUGUUAAAACCAUUUUUAGUUUUAUGACGUGUUUAGUGACAGAUCCAGAGUCACAAUCGAAAUAUAUUUUGUCACAUCAGCCUUCUUGUGUCCCUAAGUUUUAGCCGUUCGGUGAUAAAACAGUUUAGCAAGAUCUAUAAUUGUGUUUAAUCAUGUAUGUUUUUAAUUAUUUUUUAUUUCCAUUAUAAUCUAAAUCAUUUAUAGAACUAUAAAUUGUUAAACAUGAAAGCUAGUUUUAUACGUAUAUUUAUCAGUAUUGGUAACAACAUUACAAUAGUUUAUUCAAUCAUUAUUUCAAAGUAAUCAGGAUUUAUUGUUCAAAAGUGUGUUGCAAGAAAGUAUAGUAGAUAAUUCAAUAUUAU